CUACGAUUCGAUAUCGUAGGAUGUCGAAUGAAAUGUGAAACGAAUCAAGAACGAUCAUUCUGUGGAGGAAUAAUAAAAAACCGUCAAGGUUAUGGUUAUGGAGUGUGCUUUGCUCUAGUACAUAAUUUUUGUGCCGGUGCAUGUGCUUUUGGGUUGUGAAUCGUUCGACAAUCGACAUGUAUAAUCUCCAGCCACAUAUGUGUAUGACACAGUACUGAUAAUUCCUACAAACAGAUCACAUUACUUGUUCAAAUAAAUUAAAUUUGUUCCAAAGUUUUCUAAAUUCUUAGUUUAAGUACAUUUUAAGAAUACGUACAAAUACCUUACAAACAAAAUGACCACCCCUCUUGCUGAGGACGUGCCGUUAGAACUGCAGGAGAAAUUGGCGUCCAUUCUGAGCGACCACGGAAUAAAGGAUGAGAUCGACACAAUUACGAUGGUUCACCCCCCAGAACUGAGGGGGGAGCACUCUGCCACUGCAACUGUCUAUGUCACCAUCAAUUUUAAGGAUGUCACUAAAAAAGCGAAGAAUCUUUUCGUCAAAAAGUUCACGAAUAGUGAACUCUAUACGAAGGCGUCACGAGAUAUGAAAAUCAUGGACAAAGAGUCGGAAUUUUUCAACAAAUUUUUACCAGCUUGUAGAGAAUUUUGUGCUAAAUUUGAAGGGUGUAAAGAUUUACUACACUUUUUCCCAGCGUGUCUUUACGGGGACGAAAACAUGGUUGUUCUGGAGAAUCACGUUUUGAACGAUGAAUUUGUCAUGCUUCCGAAGGAAGAGUUACAAGAUCUGGAAACUGCUAAACACGUUCUCGGAAACCUUGCUCAAUUUCAUGCCGUGACUCAUUGCAUGGUUGACGAAUAUGGGGGAAGGGCAACUUUCCCUUCAGAAUGGGAGCUUAUCUGCCAUGAGGCCCUUAUCUCGGAGACGAAUGUUGCAGUCCAUGGAAUGUUUGAUAAUGCGAUAAAUACCUGCUUAACAAUAUUAAAGGGCGUAUCAUUACCUGAUGCGGAAGAAACUACGACCAAAUUAGCAGCCAUGAUUGGACAAACGUUCACAGGCGUUCUGAAAUGUUUGGCCGUGAGUCCUGAGGACAAGGUCGUUUUGGUGAAUCAUGGCGACUGCUGGAAUAACAACAUGCUGUUCAAAGUUGAUACAGAUUCAGAUGGAAAGAAGCUCAUCAAGGAGCACAUGUUUGUAGAUCUGCAGCUUACACGGUUCACAUCUCCAAGUGUAGACCUUACCUACUUUUUGCAUACCAGCGUCAAACCAGAAGUCAGACGGAAACACUUGAAAGAUUUGUUGGCACAUUAUCACAAAAUUUUUUCAGACACGUUGAUCCAUUUGAACAAAAAAUGCCCGACCACCUUCGAGGAACUGUUCAGCGACUAUAAGAACCGAGCAUACUAUGGAUAUUUGACCAAUUUAAACUUUUUAGCGUUUCUUGUAGCUUAUAACGAAUUAGAUUUUGAAAGUAUGACUGGAACAACGUCGGAAGAGAUGGUGGAAGGAUUCAACCGAAUUAUGAACGCCUGGAUUGUAAAGAACCCAGUAAAAUCGACAAAAAUGGCUCAAGGGAUGAUCGACCUGGUGAAGGAGUAUGAAAAUUUGAUGUCAGCGUCAUAAACAAAUAAUUGUAGGUUCCACUGGUUAUGUAUUCACGUUUUCAGAAAAUUAAUUAAUUAUACAUUUACUAUUGUAAUUUUUGUCACCUCAAUUCAUGAUAAAUGAUUGAUAAAUUUAAAAUAAAUGAUAAACUUAAUAGUUGGAAUCUAACUUAUUUAAUUAGUUGCAAUCAGUUUAUCAGGUGGACUAGUAGAACUCUCGGCCGCCGCUA